CCCCCCACCCCCACCUCCCCCACCAGCAGCAGCAGCAGCAGCAGCAGCAGCAGCAGCAGCAGCAGCAGCAGCAGCAGCAGCAGCGAGGCGUCCUUGCGGCACUUUUUGUCUCCGCUGUCUCGCGAGCAGCUGCUGGACCUGCUGUCGUGGGCGGCGCUGCGGGACGGCGCGGUGUACAGACACUGCGCGGACCGCGUGCACGCCUCGCCCGCCUCCCGCCGCCUGAUGGUCCGAAAUGUCCAUUUUUGCACUUCUGACGAGCGUUUUUUGGCGUUUUUUCGCACCUUUGGCUGCGUCGCAGACGCCUUAAUAGUUCGGGAGCGAGACGGGCAAAGCAGGGGCUACGGAUUCGUCACUUUCGCCUUCCCGGAGGGGGUCUCGCGCUGCUUCGUCGCCUGCCCGCUCACCCUCGACGGCCGCCAGCUCCAGGUGAAGCUGGCGGCCGAUUUGUUCGCCGCGAAGGACCAAACAAAGCUCUUUGUUCGCAAUUUACACGACCAAACAACUUCGGAAACUCUGAGAAGAGUCUUUGGAGUCUUCGGGGCCCUCCAGGAGUGCGUGGUGGUCCGCGACGCCGAAGGCCGCAGCCGCGGCUUCGGCUUUCUGAACUUCGCCACUCCUUCGGAGGCCUUCAAAGCAGUGCAAAUGAGUGAAAGGAUAAUAGAUGGCCGGAUGGUCUUCGUGCAUUUUGCUUCUUCCGCCCGCAGCAGCAGCAGCAGCAGCAGCAGCAGCAGCUACGCCAAGCAGCAGCAGCAGCAGCAGGGGGCGGCGGCGGCGGCGGCGGCGCAGAACGCGCAGAACCAGCAGCAGAACCAGCAGCAGAACCAGCAGCAGAACCAGCAGCAGGGCCAGCAGCAGCAGACGCAGCAACAGAGCGGGAGAAGCAGCAGCAGCAGCAGCAGCAACGCGCUCCACCUGCUGCAGCAGCAGCAGCAGCACCAGGGCGGCAAGCUCGGCGCCGCGCCCAGCCACAGACGCCCCCAGCAGGCCGCCGCCGCUGCUGCUGCUGCUGCUGCUGCAGCGGAGAACGCAGCAGCAGCAGCAGCAGCAGCAGCGGGGCCGGGACCCGCAGGCAGGGGGCCCCCUGCAGCAAUGCUGCACCCCUGGGAAGCAGCAGCAGCAGCAGCAGCAGCGCACGCGCACGAGCAGCAGCGGCCGCGCUACCGCCGCGGCGAGGGCGGGGGCCCCCGGGGGCCCCCCUUCCCGGGGGGCCCCCCCGAGGGGGGCCCCCGGGGCCCCUUCGGGGGCCCCCAGAGGCCCCUUCCCAUGGGCCGCUGCGUCCUCCCGCCCCCCAGCAGCAGAGAUGGACCACUGGUCUUCUCCGAGGGUACUUACAGCGACAUUUAUGGCAGCAGCAGCAGCAGCAGCAGCAGCAGCAGCAGCAGCAGCAGCAGCGGGGAGAGUGGGAAGCUGGGCAGCGCCCAGCUCAGGGCCAGCGACGAACAGCCCCUGCAGCAGCUGCGGGGCAGCGGGGGGCGCCAGGAAAUGCAGCAGCAACAGCAACAGCAGCAGCAGCAGCAACAGCAGCAGCAGCAGCAGCAGCAGCAGCAGCAGAGGGGGUCGAGGGGAUCGGGCUCUGUGUUUAUGCAUUCGUUUGCCACUUCAGGUAGCAGCAGCAGAAAGGAGACACAAACAGGGAACGGGUAA